AUGCUUCUGAAGAAGUUCAUUUCCGAUCCCCCAAGCCCCACAAUCUGGACUCGAUUACGGCGCCAUGUGGCAAGAACAGAUGCCAAACUUUCAGAGCAGAGACGAGAAAGCAAUGUAUCAUGGACGACGACACCACUGGCCGUAACUGUACUGCCAACGCUAUUUCCGACACACCUUUUCGAGCACGCUCAAGAGCUGCAGCCUCUCUUCAACGAGCUCUACAUACGAGUGGCGAAUGAUCAUGACUGGCUUCAUGAAGUGCUCUCGCCUCUCUUUACGUGCGAUUCGUUUGUGACGACCUUGUGGGGCAUCUAUGAACGGGUGCGAGCUGCAGGCCCAAUGCAAGACAUCGUGUGCGGCUCAUUCAGGGCGGAUUACAUGAUUGACUCUGAUGACCACGCGCUGAAGCAGGUGGAAAUGAAUGUCUUUUCAGCGUCUGGCUUCGCUCAUGCUCAGAACGUCGCCGCCCUUCAUCGCCACAUGCAGAGGUCGAUUGCAGGUCAAGCUGACCUGCCGAAAAAUGAUAACACUUGUAGAAUUGCUGACAUGCUAGCCGAGGCGAACAGGAUCUAUCAGCAUAAGCAUGCACCCAUAUCGAAUGGAAAUGCAAAAACUUGUAUUCUCAUGAUAGUUCAGCCUUGCAACUUCAACGUUGCAGACGAGCGGCCAAUUGAGUAUGCUCUAUGGGAUCGCAAUGUCUCCUGUCACCGAUGCGAAUGGCAGGAUGUCUUAUCUCGGACAAAGCUCCAGGCCGAUGGCACGCUGCUAUUCCACCUCGGUCAUGCGCGAGCUAGCUUGGAGGUGAGUGUAAUCUACUACCGAGCGGGCUACGAAGCCCGAGAGUACGACUCCUUGGGUUGCGAGACUCGCUUACGACUAGAGAUAUCGAAGGCGAUCAAGUGUCCAGACAUCGCCACUCAUCUGACGACUUGCAAGUCUAUCCAGCAGGCGCUAGCUCGACCAGGAGCAUUGGCGCACUUCGGAUUACAACAAGGCGAGGAGGCCAUGUGCAGCACAUUCAUGGAGAUGCACAUACUCGACAACUCCCCACGUGGGUUGGAAGCCCGGGCAAUCGCUACUGAUCCCAGCAAAGCCAUGGACUAUGUUCUCAAGUCCAACGGGGAUGGUGGCGGACACAACGUAUACCGCAAAGAUAUUCCGCCGUUCCUCGCGAAAAUAGCAGAGACUCAAUGGUGCACGUACACAUUGAUGAAGAUAAUCGUGGCGCCGAAGACAACAGGCGUCCUGAUGUUGCCACAUGAUGUCUAUUGCGGACAAGUUGUAAGUGAGCUUGGUAUGUUGGGGACAUGUAUAUGGCGCAAGCACAACGCAGAGGUCAUGGUCCUGCGAAACGAAUGUGCAGGCUGGACACUAAAGACGAAGCCUGGGAAUGUCGACGGGAUGAUGGUGGUGAAAGGUGUAGGGGCCAUGGACUGCCCAGCUCUGAAUUAA